CAAAGAUCAGUUCAUACAAGAUGGACAGGGACAGUGACAGGGAAAUGGACAGGACUGACCGACAUCUUUCUGUGAGCCGAUCCUUUAUUUGGCUGCUUCUGGUUUUGCUUCAGACGUCAAAUACCACAGCUCAAAGUUGUUCCGUUGCAAGUCCAGUAAACUUUCCAGAAAACAAUGAAAUUGGUCAGGUUGUGACAACAAUUUCAGUCCUGAGUGGAGAGGAAAUUAUUAUUACAAGUGAAGGCCUACCAUUUGGCAUUGAAGGAAACAACCUGAUAGCUACUGCAGUGUUGGACCAUGAGGAGACACAAAACUAUGCGGUCAAUAUAAGAUGCAAUGGAGAAAGUGGAUCGAUUUCAAAAACUAUUGUUGUAAUUCUGUUGAAUGAAAAUGACAACAUUCCCUUCUUUGACCAGAAUUUGUACCAGGCCAGUGUCAAUGAGAUGUCUCCUAUAGACACAAGUGUGGGUCACUUUGCUGCCACAGACCUUGAUGGACCUCUGAUCUACUAUAGGCUGAUACCUGAAUCUGAUGCCUUUAAACUGAGGUCACAAAGAACCCCAGAUAUACUCAUCAAUACACGUCUUGAUUAUGAUAAAGUCAAAGAGGUCAGACUGAUACUGGAAGCUCAAGAUACACCACUGGAUAUUCCAGAAGAGCCAUCAUUCACUUCUACCACAACCAUCAUGAUCUCCAUCUUAGACAUUGAUAACAGACCUCCAUGGUUCCAGCCUUGUACCAGUCAUGAAACGGGUGGAGCAGUGAUUUGUGAGAAUUCAGGCUACACUGGCAAUAUUAACUUAAAUGAACAAGAGACAGGGGUGUUAUCUUUGAAACCCGGACCUCUUCAUGCCAUUGAUGGAGACUUAGGGAUAAAAGAGGAGAUUACAUAUUCUUUCCUUAGUGGAAAUAAUGAUGGUCUGUUUGAGAUUAACCCAAACACUGGAAACAUCACCAUGCUGAAGCCAGCUGAUGUGUUGGGGCCAAUCGCACUGACAGUUCUGGCUGCCCAAAGGAUUAACUCUCAUCAGUUUUCAACAACCACAGUGACAAUCACUGUUCAGGUGAAGAGCUUCCAUGUUCCCAAGUUUCAGAAGCCUCAAUAUGAAGGUCUGAUCACUUCAGUGGGCUCAAUGGCAAUGGACCCGACGAACAAGGAUCAGCCAUUACAGAUUUUAGCUACAGAUGAGGACUACAGUGGCACUGGGGGUCUUAACCCCCACAUCGCUUACUCAGUCGAAGGGAGGAGUGAUUUUGCUAUUGUUGGUGGCUACUUGUUCUUGACUAAGGAACUGUCAGAGGGCUCAUUAUCACUCCAGGUUGUGGCAAAAGACACAUCUAAUGAUGAAAUGGCUAAAGCAGCACUCCGAGUUGAAUUGAAAUUAGGUCUCACCACCACCACUUUGCCUCAGAGCACUACAGACUUUAUGACCACAACAUCCAUAGAGGGAUCCACCACUGAUAGCAAGACAACCAAUGAGGUCAUGUCCACCAGUGACCCCAGUAUGUCAACUGACAUCUCAGCCCCCAUCCUCACCACUAAUCCUACAGAAGGAGUCUCACCUGCAAACACAGCUCGCCCAGUGGUCCCAUCCGGCGGAUUCGGAGUGACUGACAUGGCUGCAUUGGGAGCAACCUUGGGUGUUUUAUUGUUUGUCUGUCUGCUGGUCAUCGGAGUGCUUGUGUAUCGCAUGCAGAAGGGAAAUGCAGCCUGGAAGAAGAUUAAAGAAGUUAGCGUAUUUCGGAGCUCUCUGGGCCAAGGUUCAGGUGAUCAAAAAGAGGGAAUUCAAUACACCAAUGAGGCUUUCCAAAAAGACAAUGAUGACAGAAGCAGCACAGGCUCUGGUGGUCCAGAGGGAGGAAGCAUAACAGGGAACACUACAAGAAACAUUUACCCCAAAGAGGAGAUCCCAAACUCUUCUGCACAACAGCGCACCCCAUCUUAUGACAACACCAGUGACACCAGCUCAGAUAGGGUUGACGAUGAAAAAGAGGUGAAACCUAUCCUGACCAAGGAAAGACGAGUGGAGGAAGGAUAUAAAUCUGUCUGGUUUAAAGAAGACAUUGAUCCCAAUGCCAAGGAGGAAGUAGUCAUCAUCCCACAAAACCAAAGUGAAGAAAGUGAGGAGGAAGAUGAGGAACCAUCAUCCAGCCACCGUAAAAACGAAAAUGACAAUUUCCAGCAAAAAUCGCCAAAGGUCAACUUUGCCGACACAGAUCUGGAUAGUGGCCUUGGGGUGAAAUUUGACGAUCCAGCAGAUGACUCUGAGAGUGACAAAGAAUUGAACAUUGAUCUGUAAGAAGGGCCAAAGAUUAAGUAAUAACAGAAACCACCCAUUAAAAAACUGGACAUUGAUUUAUCAAUUAUGUAGCUGUUAAUCUUAUCAGUUUAUGACAUCAAAAAGAGACAGAACAUAUAUAAAAAGACUUUACUUGUCAAUCUAAAAGUAUUGAUUACUUUUAAAAAGUUUAUGUUUUUCAGUAAAUAAAUUAUAUUUAGUCUCUUUUUAUUUGUUUAAAAAUAUCACAUGCAGUUGUAUAAGAACCAUAUUAAAGACAUCCCUAUAUCAUGCAUUGGGGCCAAUAAAAUCCUUGUAAAAAGUUUUUAA